AUGCAAUCUUCAUCACCAAAAUCCCAUGUUCUCUCUUUCAUAUUCACAUUGUUUAUUUGUCUCUCUUAUUUGAACCUCUUUAUAUCUGCUCAAGCAUGCAACCAUAAUGACAAAAAUGUUCUCCUAGAGAUCAAAUCCCAUUUCGGAAACAAUGCUUCCGUCUUUACCACGUGGGAUCCUAACACGAACUGCUGCCAGAACUGGACAGGCAUCGCGUGUGACACGAAUGGUCGUGUCAAUUCGCUUAUAGUCAUUAAUGCGGAUGACAUCAACAACGAAUUUCCAUCCUCGGUAGGAAAUCUCCCAUUUCUUCAAGUUCUCCAAUUCUCCGCUUUACCCCAUGUGUCUGGUGAAAUCCCUUCAUCCCUCGCGAAGUUAUCCAACCUUGUCCAUCUCGACCUCAGCCUAAACAACCUUACAGGCCCAAUUCCUAGUUUUCUAACCCUACUCAAGGGCGUAAAUUUUAUCGACUUCUCUUCCAACAGCCUUUCCGGCCCAAUUCCAUCAUCUCUUAGCCAACUGACGAACCUCAUUAGCAUUAACUUUGGAGCAAACAAACUUUCCGGCCCAAUCCCACCCUCCCUGGGCCGGCUCAAGAGGCUAACAGGGCUCAUGCUUUACGCCAACAGAUUUUCUGGCUCUAUACCAUCAUCUCUUGGUCAACUGUCUAGACUUAAUAAUCUCAACCUUCGCGCAAACCAUCUCACCGGUACAAUACCGAAUUCCUUGAGCAAGCUGACAAACCUUAACCUCCUUGUGCUCGACACAAACAGACUUAGUGGACCAAUUCCAUCGUUCUUGGGCCGUUUAAAAAAGCUCACCUUAAUCGUCCUAGCAAAUAACCGUUUUUCUGGCCCAAUUCCGGCCUCUCUCGGAAACCUGCCGGCUCUGUCUCUUCUUGAUGUCUCCCAUAACAAGCUCACUGGUUCAAUACCCGAAUUCCCCAAGAGCCUAACAAACCUUGAUGUUAGUUUCAAUAGGCUUUGUGGCCCAAUUCCCAAAAGGUGGUUCAAUUUUGAUUCACAUGUUUUUUAUCAUAAUAAAUGCCUUUGUGGUGCUCCUUUAUCACCUUGCAAGGCUUAA